AGGUCUGGGUAGGAAUUAAGAUCAGAGGUCCUCAUCCUUAUUAAGAUCCCCGAAAAAGAAACAGAAAUUUGAGUUUUCGCAGCAAAAGAGGCUUGGGAAAAAUUAUAUUUUUCUCUGGCGUGAGCUUUUAAAAGGUUUGAUUUCACUGACAUGAAUAUCAGGCACUUCAUUAGAUAGCAUUAAUAAGAAAGCCCAAGUUUUAGCGCAUGCGCAUGGGAGCUGGACUGUAUAGGUGGUUGCGGAGAGAAGAUCAUGGAGAUUGAAUGAAAAUUUUAGUUAUGGCAGCUUCCAGGUGCAAUUUUUUUCUAGGUAGCGGUUCCCUGCUGUUAAACUGAGGAAGACACAAUGGAUCUGGCAUACGUUUGUGAAUGGGAGAAGCGCCCAAAGAGUAACCAUUGCCCAUCCAUUCCAUUGGUCUGCGCCUGGUCUUGUCGCAACUUGAUUGCUUUCACCACGGACCUCAAAAAUGAGGAGGAAAAAGAUCUCACCCAUAUGGUCCAUAUCCUUGACACAGAACAUCCGUGGGACGUCCACUCCAUCAAUUCUGGACACAUUGAAAUAAUCACCUGCUUGGAAUGGGAUCAGUCAGGAUCCAGACUUCUGUCUGCUGACGCUGAUGGGCACAUCAAAUGUUGGAGUAUGAUGGACCACCUGGCUAACAGCUGGGAGAGUGUGGUGGGCAGUGAAGUGGAAGGAGACCCAGUAGUGGCACUUUCUUGGUUGCACAAUGGGGUGAAGCUGGCUUUGCACGUGGAGAAGUCUGGAGCAUCCAAUUUUGGUGAGAAAUUCUCCCGGGUCAAAUUCUCCCCAUCGUUGACCCUCUUUGGUGGGAAACCCAUGGAGGGCUGGAUCGCAGUGACCAUCAGUGGGCUGGUCACUGUCUCCCUGCUGAAGCCCAAUGGACAAGUGCUGACCUCCACGGAGAGUCUCUGCCGCCUGCGCUGCCGGGUGGCCUUGGCUGAUAUUGCUUUCACCGGUGGAGGCAACAUUGUGGUGGCCACGUCAGAUGGUAGCAGUGCCUCUCCAGUCCAGUUCUACAAAGUCUGUGUCAGUGUGGUGAACGAGAAGUGUAAAAUUGACACAGAAAUCCUCCCCUCCUUGUUCAUGCGCUGCACCACAGACCCAGCUCGGAAAGACAAAUAUCCUGCAAUCACCCACUUGAAAUUUCUAGCUCGGGACAUGUCUGAGCAGAUGCUGCUGUGUGCCUCCAGUCAGAACAAUAGCAUUGUGGAAUGCUGGUCACUCCGGAAAGAAGGACUGCCGGUUAACAACAUUUUCCAGCAGAUUUCCCCCACAGUUGGGGACAAGCCGCCGAUGAUCUUGAAAUGGCGGAUCCUUUCAGCCACUAAUGACCUGGACCGAGUUUCUGCUGUGGCAUUACCCAAACUGCCAAUUUCUUUGACCAGCACUGAUUUGAAGGUAGCAAGUGACACCAAGUUCUACCCGGGUUUAGGCCUGGCACUUGCUUUCCAUGAUGGCAGCGUCCACAUCAUCAACCGCCUCUCCUUGCAAACCAUGGCAGUGUUUUACGGCUCAACCUCUCAGCGCCCGGUGGAUGAGCAGACCAUCAAACGCCAGAGAACUUCCGGCCCUCUGGUCUACUUCAAAGCUAUGCAGAUGUCUUGGACGUCACUGGCCUUAGUUGGGAUCGAUAGCCAUGGAAAGCUUAGCAUGUUCCGGAUCUCUCCCUCCAUGGGUCAUGUUCUGGAUAUGAAUAUUUCUCUCCGUCACUUGCUUUUCCUGUUGGAGUACUGUAUGGUGACAGGGUAUGAUUGGUGGGACAUCCUGCUUCACGUCCAGCCCGGCAUGGUGCAGAAUCUGGUGGAAAAGCUGCAUGAGGAAUACAUGCGCCAGAAUGCCGCCCUGCAGCAGGUCCUCUCCACGCGCAUCAUUGCCAUGAAGGCCUCACUUUGCAAGCUCUCCUCCAGUACGGUGGCCAGAGUUUGCGACUACCAUGCUAAGCUUUUCCUGAUCGCCAUCAGCUGCACCCUGAAAUCCCUGCUCCGGCCCCCAGUCCUCAACACGCCCGACAAGACUCCUGGGGACAGGCUUACUGAGAUCUGUGCCAAGAUCACCGAUAUAGAUAUCGACAAAGUGAUGAUUAAUUUGAAGACAGAAGAAUUUGUGCUGGAGAUGACCACCUUGCAAUCUCUCCAACAAUUGAUCCAGUGGGUUGGGGACUUUGUGCUCUAUUUGCUCGCCAGUCUCCCGAACCAGGGUUCUGGACCAGCAUCAGGACCUGUUCGUCCAGGUCACAGUUUCCUCCGGGAUGGGGCCUCCCUAGGCAUGCUCCGUGAGCUGAUGGUCAUGAUCCGGAUCUGGGGCCUCUUGAAACCAAGCUGUCUUCCCAUUUAUACAGCCACAUCUGAUACACAGGACAGCAUGUCCCUCCUCUUCCGACUUCUUACCAAAUUGUGGUUAUGCUGUCGUGACGAAGGCCAUCCCAGCGAGCCGGACGAUACCUUGAUCGACGAAUGCUGCCUCCUACCCAGCCAGCUCCUCAUCCCAAACAUGGAUUGGCUUCCGGUGAACGAUGCCAUCAUCAGCAAACUGCAGAAUAAGCAGCCUGUCCGGCUGCAGUUUGGAAAGCCUCUUGGAAUCGUUGGACACUCUACUUCGGUUCCGUGCGAUGCAUUUUCCAGGACAACUGGGUACCCAAAGAUUGACCACCUGCGGCGCCUCCAUCUUGGAGCUUAUCCUACUGAAGAAUGCAAGUCCUGUACGAGGUGCGGCUGUGUUACGAUGCUCCGUUCCCCAAAUAAGACCACAGCUGUGAAGCAGUGGGAGCAGCGAUGGAUCAAAAACUGCCUGUGUGGUGGCCUGUGGAGGAGAAUGCCCCUCAGCUACUCAUGAUGGACACCAGGACUCUUUGCCUUCCCCAGAUGGGAUGCAUGAGGAAUGGACCACCUUUCCGUGGAGUUUUGCAGCUUACUCCAUUUUUUAAAAAAAGUCCUGAGGGAAAACAGCCAAUAUAAGAAACUCAGGAAGAGUUGUGGGUGGUUUUAUCCCCACGGAGGAGCAGACUUUCCUAGGCCAAAGCACCAGAGAAAUCAAUGGGAGAUGCUGGAGGAAUUUGAAUUGAUUGACACUUCUAGUAUCAAGUGGAACUUGGCCAGUGCCAAAAGUUGCAUUGAUCUCCCCUAUUUUGCAUCACAGUCUUUUCCUCUUAUUACAAAUAGCUGCUUUUGGUUCAACAUUCAGGAAGGGUUAAAAUGCUGCAUUAAAAAAUGCAUUUUUUAGCAUUGUUCAAGGUGCAGAAAAGUAGACAAUUAUAGGAAAGAGAAGGAUUUUUCUUGAUGUACAAAUUUGCUUCACACAGAGAAUUGGGGGGAAGGGUUUGUGGGGGACAUUCUAACUGUAACAGGGGUCCUCAACCUUGGCAACUUUAAGACUUGUGGACUUCAGCAAAGCUGGCUGAGGAAUUCUGGGAGUUGAAGUCCACAAGUCUUAAAGUUGCUAAGGUUGAGGACCCCUGAACUAUAACAUUCUCCCCUGAUUUUCUGUCUGUAUGCUCUUGCCUCAAAAUUCCCAGUAUCUAGGAAGCUCAUGUGUUGGGAAACCGAGGUCAAACCAGUUCCAUCCUUCUUCUGCCUGCUGUCUGAAAUAAUCUAGUUUCCUUCCUUCCUUUUCAGGAAGAUUUGGUUCUUAUCUCAUCAUACAGCUGAUAUGUCUGCUUUGGAACUUCUAAGCUCUACAUACUUCAGAGACCAUUCCUGGGGAAAAAUAUGUGAUGGAUUUAAAAACCACAGCUCUGAUCUUGUAUUUUUUUAAAAAAAUUCCUGGGAUACGAACGAGACUGUGAUCCCUCUGUGCAAAUCUAAGGGGGAAAGGAGCCGAUGACUUUCUUUGUGCCCAAUAAUUCUGUGUUUUCUCAGAAAGUGAAGGCAGAAAAGAAGAUAAAAGUAUUCAUGGUUAAGUGAUGGUUUUAUAAAUAUUGUAACAGGAUCUGAGUUUGUACAGAUUAUAAUUAUAGAGUUUUGUAUGCUUUGUAAAUGGAGAACUUUUUUUGUUCUUUGUUUUUCUCAUGGAGUAUUUCCCCUCCCUCUCUGAACUUUUAAAGCCAAAACAAACAAACAAAACCCUUAAAAGGAACAGCCUCCCUCCCUCCCUCCCUCCCUCUCAAAUACAGCUUGGAACAGUUUUUAAGUGCUUUCUGUUUUGAAGUUUGCUUUGUCAUUCUAUUUUCAGGAAACCGUGAUGGAAAAAAAUGGGGAAGGAGGGGUGAAAGCAGUUAGAAAUAAACCAGGACCAGCCAUUCUUGACUGAUUUUUGUUUUUGCAGCGAUCAGCCAGUUAAUACAGGUAGUCCUUGACUUAAAACCAUUCGUUUAGUGACUGUUUGCAGUUGCAGUGGCACUGAAUAAAGUGACGUACAGUGGUCUUCACGCUUAGGACCAUUGCAGCAUCUCCACAGUCAUGUGAUCAAAAUUCAGACGCUUGGCAACCAGCAUCUACAACGGUUGCAGCUGAAAUCCAUUGUCAAAAAUGUGGAUCUUUUCUAAAUGCUUUCUUCUGUUUCUCCUCAAUAGUUCUUUAGCUCUAUUGUGUUCUAGGUUACAGGGAAAGUUUUUCAAGUCACAUCACUUGAAAAUAACAUUUUAAAACAUGUUCUUAGUAAUAUGCAUUCUCAUAAGGACAUAGCACAUAAGCGUUGCUUGAACAGGUCCCCAAGACUAUCUGGGACAUGACACAUCCUCUUCACGACUUGUUUUCCUUGUUACCUUCUGGGGGGAGGAGGCUCCGUGGUAUCCGAAGCAGAACAUCCAGAUUCAGUCACAAUUUUGUUCCAAUAGCAUCAGCCUUGUGAACCCUCAAGCUUCGUCUUUCCACUAUGUAUUCAAGAUGGACAGCGAUUAAUAUAUAUUAUGUAUAUAUGUAUAGGUGUAGGUCAGGAGUGUCAAAUUCGAUUUCAUUAAGGGACGCAUGAGCAUUUUGCCCUUGGAGGGGGGGAAACGGGGUGUGUGGCUGACUGAAUGGGCGUGGCCAGCUCGACAUCCUGUUGGAAUGCACCUGUAGGGGGCUGGCGGGGUUGGGGGGGAUCUAGAAGUCUUCAGCAGAAGGGGACGGGAUUUGGGUAAACAAUGGAGCCUGGUCCACCGGAGGAGCAUUGCCAUCCCUCUUGGGCUGUGCAGGGGUCUCUGGAUGGCAGCAAAGGGUUCUGGGUGGUGGAGGGGCAGGUGCCUUGCCCACCCCUCAAGCUCCUGGUGCACCAGAACCCCACAAUCUGACCCCACUUCCAGGGGGAUGCCCGGACUGUGCGUGGGGCAGUUCUGGGGCUGGGCUCAGGCAGAACAGGGAUGGUGGGGCUUCUCCCUUCCCAUUUGCCAAGGCAGUUGGGGGUGUGGCGGCGGGCAGGAGGCCUGGCACAUCUGCCUGGCACAUCUGGCAGGCCAGAUCGCAUGCCUCCCCCCCCAGCUCUGCCUCCGCCUGCCGCUUAGAGGGCCAGGCAAGUGGCCACAGCACUCACAUCCACUGUCUGUCUUUGUCCUCACCCACCAUGGCUGGGUAGGGUGGGCAGCUGGCUGGCUGGCUGGCUGCCCGGCACAUCUGGAUCCCAUGCCUUCCCCCUGUGCCUCUGACUGCUGCUUGGUGGCCGGGCCUGGCAGCCACAGCAUUCAAACCCACCUGCACUGCACGGGCUUCGGAUCCCGGGGUGCGCUGGCUGAUGGGCAGCUGAGGGACUGGAGGGCUGCGGCUGCUUCCGGUCACCGCUGGCCCCUGUGCACUCACCGCCUCCCGUGAACAUUCCCAUGGGAGUGCCUGGCUGGGCUGGGGUGAGCCGGGCUACGGCUGUGGUGGGCUGGGGUUAGCCGGGGCCACAGCUGGGGUGGCAGGUGCCCUACAAGCUGGAACUGGGCCCUUCGCAGGCCAUGUGUUUGACAUGUCUGGUGUAGGUAUAUAUGUAUGUGUUUGUAUAUUGCAUAUGUGUGUUAUGUAAUGUGCAUGGUUAGAUAUUUACUUUCCUUUGAGAGCGGGCAACAAAAUUUCAUUUUUAAUGUGGGCCUGUGUGCCCAAAGUAAAAAAUAACAAUAAAUCUUAUCUCAUCUCA